GCCAUGGCGACGGCGGCGUUGCUCCCCGCGCAGGCGCGGCCCCGCGGCGCUUCCGGCGGGCCGAGCGGCGGCGAUGGAGCGGUGCGGGCCGGGGCCCGUCAGCGCCGUGCCCGUGGCCGAGUUCAGGCCAAAUGAGGGUUCAUUAACAUCAACUUUAAGAACGCUUCUGUUCUUCACAGCUCUAAUGAUUACAUUACCCGUUGGGCUAUAUUUUUCAUCAAAGGCUUAUGUAUUUGAAGGUUCCUUGGGAAUGUCUGACAGAGACAGCUAUUUUUAUGCUGCCAUAGUUGCUGUAGUCACUGUCCAUGUGGUGCUUGCUCUCUUUGUUUAUGUGGCCUGGAACGAGGGUUCACGGCAGUGGCGUGAAGGCAAACAGGACUAAACCAUUUCCAAAGGACAAGGCGGGAUCCAGCUGCACUCUGGCUGUAUGAGCACACAGAAGAGCUGCUCUCUGUCCCAAGGAAAUCACCAUACAGCAAAGUCAGUCUGGCUAAAGGGAUAUUGUCAACAAACACAGCAAAUGUGUCCAGGUGGAAGUGUUCAGUGCAGUUAGCACAGGAUAACUCCUGGACUUGUUGGACCUGGCUUUGGAGCUAUGGCACAUCUACCCCUGGAGAGGUAAAGAGAUUCACUCUGCUGACUGUGGCUGAUCACAGAACUGGAGGGCAGGUGAGGGAAGGGAUUGGAACUUGAGUUUUUUAUCCAUUGGUCUGCCAGCAAUAUCUGCUAUUCACUACCACCCAUCCACAGGGAUUUUCUAGGGAUUUUUUCUGGUGAGAACUUGAAUCAGUGGAUAUCUGGACUUUUACCUAAUUUUGCCUAGCUUGAUGCUUUCUUCAAGGUCUGCAGACAUGGUACCCCAUGCUUUCCUUUCUUGUCAGUUCUGAAUAGUCCGUUAAAUCCCUCUUUCAAUACUUUUUUGCCAUUGUUCAGCUGGCUUUAGACUUUUCUGGGUUUCUUUCAGGUGUACCUUUUCUCUGUUUCAUCAUUUCCUUCCACAUCUAAAAACUUAAAGUAAUAAGAAAGGCUUGUUAAAAUUUGCACAGUGCUGGGGGAUGGUGCUGCACCUAAAUGGUGCCAUUCCAUUUUCUCUUCAAUGGUGUUGGUGCUGGGCUUUUGUCCUGCUUCACACUUCAAGAGCAUAUCCCUUAAUUUUUCCACAAGGUUCAGUAGGGAAUGAGUUCAGGGGUCAGGAUCCAGAAUAUGCAUAUGGUGCUAUCCAGGGUAAGGUUUAGCAUGAGAUGAGAAAAAUACAGCAGUGAGCAAAUGAUAAAGGAAUUAAACUAAUAUAGAGUCCCUAUUUUAUCAUGUGUGCCUUGGGGUAUGUGCAUGUCUUAGCUCUAAGCAAUGUAUUGUUUGGGAAAGUACAUUCAAGCAUGACUAAUCUGCAUUUGUCUCCCUCUCCCAAAACAUUGUUUCAUUUGAAAUGUUUUAUUUCUCUGUAUUUAAAGAAUAUUCUUUCAUAAUGCAAAAGCUAUUUUUCAUUUUUCUAGAACAAUUGGUUGAAGUGUUUCUAUUAAUCUUUCUAUUAUUUAAGCACUUCUAUCUGCAAUGCACAAUAGAAACGAAUUUAUUUUGUUUGAGACAAGCUUGCUUUUUAUCCUACAGAAACAGUGACUCAUGAGAUUCAUCCAAGCCUCAUCUGUAUUCCUCCCCCAGCUAAUAAGUUAAAUGUGAGUUUUGUGUUUGUAUUAAAAGACAGCCUGUGUGUACCUCACCAGGGAGCUUGUUUGAACAUGGAGUUCACAAGAGGAAAAUUCCUUGCCACAGUAAAAUUGCUUCAUUAGGCAUUAAGGCGCUUUGCAAAGUUUGCUCCUUAAGUGAAGAAAACAGCAUUAGAUUUAAUUUAUGGCUCACACUUAGAGUGAUCCUAGUCUGGUGUGCACUUCAGCAUGAUGCCAGAAGGUUCUGAUACAUGAAGAGACCACAGAAGGCAAAGACCUGUAAUGCUUUGUCUUUGGGCCUGUUAAUCCUGCAGAUGGAGAGUAUCAGGAUCUACAAGAUUCUACACUGAUCUGUUUUCACUCUGAAACAGUUCUGCAAAUGUUUGUGCUGGUCUAACUAGGAAGGGAGUGUGAAGGAUGGGUGCAGGUAUUCGUAGUCAGUGUACCUGCUGAAGCCCCAUGUGGUGAGGAGACACCCUCAGCUGGAGCUGACCCCACAUUAACACAGAGAAGCUUGUUUAAAGCUAAAAUGAGGUAUGGGCUUACAACUCCAGGGUGUGGAUGGACCACAGGGCUUUAGCUGGGAGGAAACAGACCCUGAUCAGUACAGGUCGCUGCAUGAAAAAUGGAGAAUUUCUCUGCAAAGCUGUGGAUUUUGCAUUGGGCUUUUUUAACUGACCAAA